UUUUCUCUCUAUCUCAUACACAUGCUGACUCUCUUCUGCUUUCAGUCUCCGCUCUAGCUGUCUCAUUCUCUUAUUCCCUCUUCCUAAUCUCAGUUUUUCCCCUCCUCCUCUUAGCCUUUUCUUUCUUUUUUCUCUCACACACAGACAUACAGAUACACAUACACACACGCACACACACACACACACACACACACACACACACACACACACACACACACACACACACACACAUACACACAUAUACACACAUGCACACACACACAUACUCCCUCUCUCCUCUCUCUUCCUCUCCUCGUAUCCACCGGCAACUGUGCUGUGCAGCCUCGCUCUCCAAGCCAGUGGAUCUCUUCACUUGACUAAUUAGCCUUGAAGUGCUGUUGAAGAUCAUCAUAUUUAGCUUAGCGACCUAGCGGCAGAGUGCAGACAGAUAUAGACUAGGCUGGCUGGAGGCUGGGUGCCUGGCAGUGGGCAAGCUCUCUAUCUCUCUCUAUUCACACUCAGUGCCGCUGGCUUCUCAGUGGCGGAGCGGCAGAAGUGAGAGGUGGUUUUGCUUUGAAAGAGACGAUAAGGGGAAAAGAGAAAGAAGCUGAGCUAAGACCACAACGAAACCACAGAAUGGGAGUCCGCUGCAGGAGCAAAUCCUCCUAGAGACGGAGGCUCUGAGGAGGCAGUGGUCACUGUGCAGCAGCACUGCGUGCAACAUACAAAGAAUUAAGAUGAUUGACAGUCGGCUAUCAGCACAGAGGAGGGCGAUGGGGAACCUUCCCGGAGACCGAGGCCAGCAGAAGACGAGCACCUACAUCGUGCCCUGCUUCCUCUUUGUGGAGCUGGUCAUCAUGGCAGGGACCGUUCUGUUGGCGUACUACUUUGAGUACACGGACACGUUCCCCGUGCACAUCCAGGGCUUCUUCUGCUUCGACAAAGCCUACUCCAAGCCGUACCCAGGACCAGAGGACAACAGCAAGGCGCCGCCCGUCCUCGUCUACUCCCUCGUCACCGCCAUCCCCACUGUGACGAUUCUAAUCGGGGAAGUGACCAGUUUCUUUGUGAAGACAGAGGGAGCCCAGGAGAAGACCAUAGUGACCGCUGACUGCUGCUAUUUCAACCCUCUCCUCCGUAGGAUCGUACGUUUUCUGGGUGUCUACUCCUUUGGCCUCUUCACCACCACCAUCUUUGCCAAUGCUGGUCAAGUGGUGACAGGAAACCAGACCCCUCAUUUCCUGUCUGCCUGCAAGCCAAACUACACAGCUCUGGGCUGCCAGUCUCCCCUGCAUUAUAUCACAGAGCGUCGAGCCUGCACAGGAAACCCAUACCUGGUGGCGUCCGCCCGAAAAUCCUUCCCUUCCAAAGACGCAGCUCUCAGCUUUUAUUCAGCCAUCUACACAGUGAUGUACGUCACCCUGGUUUUCCGGACCAAAGGGACCCGUCUGACCAAGCCCACCCUGUGCCUGGUGUUGCUGUCUCUGGCGGUGCUGGUGGGAGUGGUGAGGGUGACCGAACACAGGAACCACUGGAACGACGUCCUGGCUGGGUUUGUCACCGGAGGGGCCAUCGCUGCCUUCUUGGUGUCAUGUGUGAUCAACAAUUUUCAGCCAACCCAAAUAGCAGUGGCGACUCCUCCUCCUGCACAGCGUCCAGAGCCCUCCAUCGGGCUCCCUCUCCUCAGCCUGCCCCGUGUGGAGAGUCCACUCGAAAAGUUAAGUGGCCUCCAGGCUCCAGGGCUACCGUAUUCUGAGAUCACAUGACCAUCAGCCAAUCCCUUCCCCCGCCCCUCCCGAUGUUCUCCUCCCCUCACGGCGUUGCCUCACCAGCGCAGUCUAGACCUGCCCUCUGAAUGCCCCCCACCCUGCCCCGCCCACCCCAACGGACGACAUCCUCUCCGACGAGUCAAAUCAACCCAGGUGUGAAGGUCCACCAGUAACAGGAACCGGGACAGCGACAUGUGCACAUGGCGAGCCUGGCUGAAACCUGUCAUCCGCUAAGGACCAAUAGGAGAUGGAGACUUGUCCUUCUGUCCUGUUCUUCCCUGUUUGUCCUCCGAGAUGGCCUCCCUUUUCUUUUGGGUGUAAAAGACCCAAUGAAAGACUUGCCAAAGCCAGAGCUGUUGAAGCAAUACUGUGUCCUACUCCCCUGUCCUUUUUUUCCUCAACAGUGACUUUGAAGACUGUUGGCUGGUGAAAACUUGAUAAAACACUUCAUCAAAAAAAAAAAAAAAACUCAGCUGAGCUGAGGGUUUGGGGAUGGAAGAAAAUCCCAGUCACAUGUGGAUCGUCCUCAAAAGACCAUUUUCUAACACUCAGGACAAUUAAAAAAAACACAGGACAAGAUUAAAAACAAAGACCUUUAUGUAAUGAACAUGCAGGUACCAUCGAGUAGUAUGGUACAGAAUUGUUCCUGUCCUAAAAAACGAACAAGAGACGCUGUCAAAGAGGAAAGCACUUUUGUCAGUUAUAGCACAGGUGAACCAAUUUAGUGUUCAGGAAACUGUGUUGUAUCUUAUUAGUUUCGGGGGGAUAUUGGUUUGAUCUCUUGCUGUAUAUUGUGUGAAGUGAUAUUAGGGACAUUUACACACACUAGAGCUGUGCUUGUGAUACCACAUUUGUUUUGGAGCAUCAGUUAAUUCAUCCUUGUAGUGAACUGAACUGGAUUUCCAUCAACCUUCAUCAGAUGGACAUCUUUUAGCUACUUAUUAUUCAGUCUGUGUGUGUCGGCGUGUGUGUGUGUGUGUGUGUGUGUGUGUGUGUGUGUGUGUGUGUGCGUGCGUGCGUGCGUGCGUGUGUUGUAAUUGUCCGUAGUUCUCUGUCCACGCUGUGAAAUAUUUGGAACGUUCUAUCAUUUGACUUUGACUGCCUGUUUCAUGCGGAGAUCUUUGUCAGUGUUAGUUUCCACACAGUUCACCUUCUCCUGUUUCACUUCCACCCUUUCGUGCUUCUUUUUUUUUCCCUUUUAAAUUACCUCUAUCUAAAUACAGGACACCAAUACGAUACGUCUUAAAAUCCAUGUCACACGCAAAUUGUGUUUCCAAAAUGAAUGUGUUAUAAGAGUGGUAAUGACAUCAGUUUGCUACUGUUUAUGCAUCUGUCCUGUCCAGUUUGUCUUUGUUUCCCCUGCUUCAGUCCACCAUCAUUUCCUCACACCGUCUCUAUAAAUCCAAUGGCGAAGACCAGUGUAUACCACAGAGGUAAGAUCUCUGAGUUUUGUAUAGUUUUGUACAGUAAAUAGGUUUCUUUACGCAGUAUAUACAACAUUAUCAUUAUGUUUAAAUUGUGUGAACAAUGUGAAGCUACCUGAAGCUGUCUUUAGGAACAUGAGUAGUAGCCUGAUAUGAAGCAGGAAUGUAGCGCAGUGGAGAAGUGUGUGAAAUCUUCACGGCAUGCGGUCGGUGUGUUUCGCUCACAACUUGCUUUGGUUCUGCUCAGUUCACAAGGACACUGCAGACAGGUUAUACUAGUAAGAGAAUACGCAGUGGGUUAUAUAUAAAGAAGACAUCGCUAUGGUUUUAUUAAGGGUGUGUGUGCGUGUGUGUAUGUGUGUGCUUUUUCGGAAAUUGUGUGUAUGUUAAUGAUGAGCACAUAGUAUGGCAGCAUAACUGUUAAUUUGGCAAUGUGUUUUCUUAAGUGAAACUGUCAAAAGGUAGCUGCUAUAAUUACACACUUGUGCUUGUGUGUAACUGCAGGCCUUCAAAGGACCCCUGCCAAGGCGUCCUAACAAUGCCUGUUAUAAAAGUAGGUGCUCAUAAUAGCUUUGAGAUUACCUACAGUAAAACUUUUCAGUCAGAUUUUUUUUUUUUGUAAACAACUGAAGAGAUAGAGAACACCAUAACUGUCCAAAUAAUGUUAUUUUCAUGUUAAAAUGUCUCUGUUUUGUAUUUAUUUACCAAAAUAAAUUGCAAUUACCACACA